AUGACUGCGAAAGAGCCGGCUAAAGCGCGUCGACAAGAUGUGUGGCGCGCUAAUCACACAUGCAUGAAGCUGCUAAUAUACGAUUUCUUUGCUAAAGAAGUGCCAACAUUCCAACCGUUCAGUGGAUCAUCUGUACUUGUGAAGCGACAUGUUGCUUGCGGAGAGCGAUAUGUUGGUCUGGAAUGCUUACAUGAGUUUCAUUUCUCAUUCGCUACUGAGCCGUGGUGGGCAUGCUCGAUCUGUUACGAAUCAGGUGCUCUCAUGGAACAGGCAGAUAUGCACCUUGCCUCAUUGAGCCACAUUACCACAUAUUUAGACGAAUUCCAUUCUCACAAGAUGUCGAAACUGAAGUUGAAAGACGAGCCACUGAAGGUGUUUGAAGAAGUGAAGCGGAUAUGUGAUGAAAUUUUCGAGGAAGAAGGAGUGGAAUAUACACCACCGGAAUGCAUAGCGAUGGAUGCAAGUAUAACGAAGGGGACAGCGAUGGCAAAACUUGCUGUGGAUACCAAUCGUUGUAGACCUUCUUAUACACUCCAUACGGAUUGUACUUCGGGAUCAAAGGAGCCACGCAAAAUAUUGCAAUGUUUGGUAGGCUUGAUGAUUCAUUUAUGA